AUGCAAUUGCACAAAUACUCAUUGAAGUCAAGAGUUGAAACAAGCAAUCAACCGUUUAGUGCUGAUAAAACUAUUCAAACAAUCACAAUUGUUAUCGUCUUUCACACUUACACGGCCAAAGCACGAAAAUCAACUAACAACAGCAACAACAAAGAACAACGAAACGAUGGGAAACAAAAUAGUGUUCGUAUAAAUUCAUAA